UUCUUUUCUUUAUCUUUCGCUUCUCUGUAACUCUUUGAAGUGUUCCCGUCUCGUCUCAUUGCAUGAGUCUCCAUCCUUGUAUUAGUUGCAUUUUCUGGCGAUGAAAUGAAGUCUCUUUUCUUUUCUCCCUCUUGGAAUGGAUGGAUGUGGCUUGGUCCGUUUUGUGUGUCCUUCUCCUCUUCCCUCCCUUUAUAUUACCUACUUACCUACCUACCUAACCAACCAACUACAUCAAUGAGACAACCUGAAUCAAUACUGGCGGUUAUAUACGUGGCUUUUUCUAUUCUUCCUACUUCCUAGCGUUCAAUCAGUAUGCAGAUAUGUCCUACUACUACGUAAUGAAAGAACCCAUGAUUCAAAA